GUGACAGCACAUGUGCCUCUGACCAGAGAGCUGCACAGCUGACUUCCUGCUGUAGUCUCAACGUCUCAACACUUAGAAGAAUAUGUGAUUCUUCUCCGGCGGGCUGAUAAAGGUCUUAUCACACGCUCUCUGCAAGUGUGGCAGAACUUUGACCUGGUGAGAAGACCUUCAUCUCAGCUCCUCCUCCUCCUCCUCCUCCUCACCCAACAGAACCAAUCAGAAAAUACUUUUGUGUCUCUUUGGCUUUGGAAAUAUAAGGAGAGGAAGAGAAGAGCUACACUGAGAGACUGGUCACCAUGAGCCGGGCCUGGGCCGUGUUCAAGGCUCAUCCAUACAUCAGUAACGUCCUGGGAUACACAACACUGUUUGCCUCUGCUGACCUCAUACAGCAGAGGGUGCUGGGUGGGAAGCAUGCUGCAGGAGGAUCCACAUCAGAGGGUUUGGGUGGCAUCGACUGGUGUCAGACGGCUCGAGUGGCCACUGUUGGCUUCUGUUUCCAUGCCAACUUCAACUACCACUGGCUGCGAGGGCUCGAGAGGAUGCUGCCUGGAGGCGGACUGAAGGCGGUGACAGGGAAGGUUGUGGUGGAUCAGCUGAUCGCAGCUCCUCUCACCAUCAGUGCCUUUUAUAUUGGUUUAAGUUUACUAGAAAACAAAGAUGACCCGCUUGAAGACUGGAGACAGAAGUUCUGGACAUCUUACAAGGCGGGAGUGGUAUUUUGGUCAACAAUGCAGGCAGUGAACUUUGCCCUGGUCCCUCCUGUGGCACGGACAGUGUUUCUGGGAGGCAUCGCACUGGCUUUCACCAUCUUCCUGUGUCACCUCAGACAGCAGAGUGGCCACAAACUGGAAUAAACUGGAGAGAACUUGAGUUUUUGUAUUGAAUGACUGUGACAUUAGAAAAGGUGUAAUUUAAGGGCAGAAUUCAGUUGCAAAGUCAUAGAUUUACUGAGAAAACAAGAGAAUAAGGUAAGGUCACAUCUCUGUGAAUCAUCCCACAAGGGU